UGAUAACGCUAUCCUUAAGAUGAUUCUUAUCAUUUGUAUUGUCAACUGCUUCUUUGGACUGUCUCAAAAGCCUCAGUUGAUAGUAUAACUGAAUAUAGUGAAAACAACAGACAUGUAUCGUCUGUUGAUAUUGGCUUCGUGUCUCCUUAUCCAAAAUGUGAACAGUGAUCAAAACUAUAGGCUUAACACUCCAAUAAGACCAUCUGAAUACUCCGUUGUCAUCACACCAUACUUCGAUACAAAUGACAGCAAAGCCUUCACUUUCGAUGGAGAAGUAACGAUUACAUUUACGACUAACGAAAUAACAAAUCAAAUAAAGUUGCAUUCUGAAAAUUUGACUUUCGCCGCAGAAAACGUUACUGUGUCAGUGCCUAGUUCAUCAAAUCGAAUUGAGCUGGACAAUACAAAUCCCCUUAAUUUUGAUACUUUUUACACUUUUGCUUUUAUCAACUUGCAAACUGAGCUUCAAGUUGGAGUCGUGUACGAACUGAAAAUUGUCUACACUGGUCCGAUAAGAGAUGAUUUGAAUGGUUUCUACAGAAAUUAUUACAUUGAAAAUGGGGAAAAAAAAUGGCUCGGUGCAACUCAAAUGGAGCCCACGCACGCAAGGAAGGUGUUCCCGUGUUUCGAUGAACCAGAAUUAAAAGCCACCUUUGAUUUGACAAUCGACCGACCCGAGAGCUAUAAGCCGUCUUUGGCGAAUACUAAAAUGGAAACGUCUAUUAACUUAAACAAUGGAUACGUCAGGGAAAAAUUCUAUCCCACUCCUCGAAUGCCUACUUACUUGGUUGCAUUCCUAGUUUCUGAAUUUGAAGCGGCCAGAUACAAUAUCAGCCAAUCGAACGAGUUCGGUGUCUUCACAAGGCCGGAAGCCGUGAACCAGAGCGAAUACACUUUCGAUUUCGGCCUGAGAGUGGUCGAAGCCCUGGGGCAGUAUUUUGGUGUAGAUUAUUAUUCUACCAAUUCAAAUUUAAAGUUGGAUCACGUAGCCCUAAUAAACUUCAGAGCUGGUGCUAUGGAAAACUGGGGAUUAGUCACUUACAGGGAAUCGCUACUUUUGUACGUCCCCGGGGAGUCAACACCAUACUAUAAGUACAGAGUUGCACAGAUCGUAGCUCACGAGACGACGCACAUGUGGUUCGGCAAUCUAGUUACAUGCCAUUGGUGGAGUAACACUUGGCUAAAUGAAGGCUUCGCAAAUUACUUCCAAGAUUACAUUACCCACUUGAUUGAACCAGAAGUAGGUUCUGGGAACAUACUAGUGACAGGGUCAGUUUACGCCGCUUACGAUGCAGAUGAUUCUCCAACAUCACCGCCAAUCACAAACAAUGACGUGAACUCUCCAGCUGAAAUCAGUGGCCACUUCGGUACAAUUACUUAUCAGAAAGCUGGGUCCGUUAUAAGAAUGAUGCAUCAUCUUUUAGGGGAUGACGCUUUCAAAAUUGGUCUUAACACUUACCUGACAUCCAACCAGUUUCAAUCAGGAUAUCCAGAUUUACUAUACGCGGGAUUACAAUCAGGUGUUGCUAGCACUAGUGCGUUAGCAUCGUACCCAGGGGCCACUGUGGCCAGUGUUAUGGAGUCUUGGAUAACUCAGGCUGGCCAUCCUGUCUUGGAAGUUACAGUCGAUUAUGAGAAAGAAGUCGUCACACUUAAUCAGAGACGUUUCUACGUGAAUGGAUCGCAUUCGUCAAAUGAGAUUUAUAAAAUACCUAUAACAUACACCACAGCUGUGUCACCAGAUUUCACUAAUACCAAACCUUUAUUAAUUAUGGAGGCGAGAUCAGUUUCUAUGAACGUUUCUAAUAUAGGCUUAAAUCACAGUUGGAUAAUUUUCAACGUACAGGAAACAGGUUUUUACAGAGUAAAAUACGAUGAUCAUGCAUAUCAAAUUAUCGCAAACGCAUUGAAAGGAAGUCAACGUACAGAUAUCCAUCACUUAAACAGAGCAAAGAUUGUGAACGACUUGUUCGCAUUCUUCUAUGCUGACGAAGUAAAAUUUAGCUCCAUAUAUUCGGUCUUGGACUUUAUGAAAGAAGAAACUGAUUUCUCUGUAUGGUACGCUGCUAUCAGAGGCUUGAGCAAGCUGAGGAAUAUGUACCAAGGAACAGACGCUUUGCCUGAAAUUGAGGCGUACGCAUUGAGUUUGAUGGAUAAAAUCAUUGCUGAUUUGGGUUACAAAGAGAAGGAUGGCGACGACUUUGAAACGCUGCGCAAUCGCAUGCAAAUCCUCGAGUUCGCUUGCAAACUUGGACACACUGGCUGCAUCGAAGAAGAAAACAAAUUGUUCAGAAGUUUCGUGGACAAUGGUGUCGCUAUAUCUCCGAGUCUACGACCUGUCGCUUACUGCACCGGUCUGCGUGUUGGCGACGAGGCUGACUACAACUUCCUGUGGAGAAGGAUGUCCACAACCAACGUGGCCAACGAAGCCCGCCUCAUCGGCGAAAUACUUGGAUGCGCCCAACACGAGAGCAGUUUGAAGAAGUACUUAGUUUCCAUGCUUGAGGUGGACAGUCCCAUAAUGACACAAGACCUCACGAUGCCACUGAGCGCUGUCCUCGGGAAUCGUAGCCACGUGCCAAUAGUUAUUGAAGAACUGAAGAACAACUUGUCUACGUGGAAAACUAUAUAUUCAAGCAUGGACACUGUUUACACGUCUAUAGCAUCUGUGCUGCGCACUGAACAAGAAAUAAAUGAAUUUGAGAGUUGGUUGAACUCCUGCGAAGAGUGUGGCAGCAAAGAUGGCGCCUUGGGCAAGCUGGCUGAUGUGAGAGCUGCUCUUCAAUGGGCGAACAGCCAUAAGAAUGAUGUUUUGAGCAGUUUGACGAAUUCAGCGAAAUUGACUGGUGCUUCCGUACUCAUGAUAGCCAUAGGUAUUCUUAUGGCUUAUGUAUAUUAGGAAUUCAAAUUAGAACUAAGAAGAAAAUGAUGUAAGAGACCUUCUUGCGCAGACUAACCUGAAAGAUAAAAGGUUUUUUUUUAUAAAAUAAUAGAAUGUCAUGUAAUAAUGAAAUAUUUAAUUAUGUAAUUUGAUAUGAUCGAUUAUGUUUUUGUAAAUAUGAAAUUAUACAUAAAACCGCUUUAUGUUUUUUUCUAGGAGAACGUCUAAACUAUUAAAAAUAUGAAAUAUAUAUUUACAUUGUAAAAAAAAAAACAAAAGUGCCUCCUAGACUGUAAAAUAAUCGUAGCUAAUAACGAAUCAACCUUAUUCUAUUUAUAUAAAAAAAUAAGUAGAAUUUAUAUUUUUGCAACUAAUUGUGUUUGCAAUAAAAAAUAGGUAAUGAUGGAUUAUUUUGUAGUAACUUUUCCUUGUAUUAUUAUAAAUUUAUUUCCCUUAAUAUACGAGCAUUAUGAUCGUAUUCCGAAGCAGCUGUUCUUAUGAAUAGAAAUUAUUUGAAAAUCGUGUCAAACAAUUUAUGCAAAACGUACGCCUUAAUAGGUAAUUGACCACUUUCUCCAGUUGUAAAAUAACAAUGCAUUUUACUUACAUAUGUUUGUUAAACAUGACAUGCCAGAGAUUUCGAAUAAUAGCUAAGAAAAACUAUUUCAUUUUUUACUCUUAACAUUCAUUACCCAUUUUUCAUUUGUAUCAAGUUAUUUGUUUAAAAUACACAAGCAACAUGCAGGGUGAGGAUGGCUGGUGUGGCUGGUAGAACUGCUGUACCAGCUGUCUUUACGUCUGGACUUUACCGUCACUAAACAGGUGAAUCAGGUGGAGUGAAUUUAUUUAUUUUUUAGAAACAAACGGUCAUACAUAUAAAUGUGAAAAUAUUAUAAUUUUAUAUCACUACAGACCUAUAGUUUCCUUAACUAGAAAUCGCACUGUACAGCUAAAACGCAGCAAAUCGAAAUGAGCUAACAAUACAAAUCGACCCGGCCCCCCGCCCCCGGAAACCCCCGGAAAAUGUUUCUCCAGUAAUGCAUUAAUGUAAAUAUAUUUUUUACGCACAAUAGGGAUGAUGACUAAUUUUUUUUUCUUCGUUUAUCAGGUAGAUUAUCAAAGAGUAUAGGACACGCAUUUUUUCUUUUUUCACAUAAUAUAAACAUUGCAGGGAUAUAUUGAUUUGAAAAGUCGCAUGACGUCACGUUUGAGUACACUUAUAAGUGAAAAUUCACUCAAAAGUGACGUCACGAGCCCCUACUCCCAAACUUUGACGUGCUAUAACUUUGUCAUUUUUUGGUUGAUUGCCCAAAGAAAAAAUACGUGUCCAUUAUUUUUUGAUCAUCUAACUGACGGACUAAAUAGAAUUUCGUUUACUGUACCCCGUCAUCACCCCUGUUGACGGACGGACAGACGAAAAGCCUGGGUGAAGUCAUUUGUCGGACUUAUCUAUAAAAAAAAACAAUUGUAAUUUUUUUUAUAUAUUAACUAUUUUCAUUUAGAUACUUAAGUGAUAUUAAAAAGAGGUCCCUCUCCACUGUACUUAAGAUAGUAUCAUAUAAUACGAAGUAAAAUAUUAACUCAAUGACA